CAAACAUCUGGCUCCGCCCCCAUCGGAAGUAAAAAUCAAAACAAGCAGAUUAAAGGGCAGUUACAGAAACUUUGCUUGUCUUGCAGCGCUUCUGCUGGUAUAUAAAUAGAAGAACUACGUGGCGGCGAUAGUUUAAACUGUGUAGUUUUAAACUAAUAUAAUGACCGUUUAUUUAUGAGAAUAAUCAGGAAUUUGGCUGUUACUUUGGCUGUUAAUCGUAACAAUUCACAAAGAAACCAUCACAAGAUCAUCAUGUCCAGACAACUUCACGCCAACAGAACGGUUGGAGUUGAUAAGAAUGUUUGGGUUGAGUUCACCCAGCUAGCUGCAGACUACAAAGCAGUGAAUCUGGGCCAGGGCUUUCCUGACUUCUCGCCUCCACAGUUCAUUCAGGAUGCUUUUUGUGCGGCUCUUAAUGGGGGACCCUCCAUGCACCAGUACACUCGAGCCUUUGGUCAUCCUCGUCUGGUAAAAAGUCUAGCCCGAUUCUUCAGCAGGACUGUGGGCCAUGAGAUCGACCCCCUUGAUGAUAUUUUGGUGACUGUUGGAGCUUAUCAGGCUCUGUUCUGUGCUUUUCAGGCUCUGAUUGAUGACGGAGACGAGGUCAUUAUAAUUGAGCCAUUCUUUGACUGCUACCAGCCGAUGGCGCUGAUGGCUGGAGGGAACGCCGUCUAUGUUCCUCUGAGACCUAAAAAGGGCAGCGCCGUCUUGUCCAGUGGUGACUGGGUUCUGUCUGCCGAGGAACUGACCAGUAAAAUCACUCCCCGCACAAAAGCCAUCGUCAUUAACACUCCCAACAACCCUUUAGGCAAGGUUUACCAGUUGGAGGAACUCCAGAUGAUCGCUGAUCUUUGUGUUAAACACGACCUGCUGUGCUUCAGUGACGAGGUGUACGAGUGGCUCACCUACGAUGGAGCCAAACACGUGAAGAUCGCCAGCCUUCCUGGGAUGUGGGAGCGCACAGUGACAAUCGGCAGUGCUGGGAAAACCUUUAGUGCUACUGGUUGGAAGGUUGGCUGGGCCAUCAGUUCUGGAAAUAUCAUCAAACACUUGAAAGUUGUCCAUCAGAACUCCGUUUAUCACUGUGCAACAGCCGCCCAGGAGGCUGUCGCCUGCGGCUUUGAGACAGAGUUUGAGCUGUUUGGGACUCCAGAGAGCUACUUCCACCAGCUGCCUGCGAUGCUGCACCACAAGAGGCAGAAACUGGCCUCAUGCCUGCAGAGUGUUGGCCUGCAGCCCAUCAUGCCUGAGGGAGGAUAUUUUAUGAUCACAGACAUCUCCUCUGUCAAGUGUGAUCUCAAUGAUGAGAGCACCAAAUAUGAGUCUUAUGACUUUAGAUUUGUCAAAUGGCUGACUAAAGAGAAGGGUUUAGCGACAAUCCCGGUCUCUGCUUUCUUCAGCCCAGAACACAGCAAGGAGUUUGACAAAUACAUCCGCUUCUGCUUUGUUAAGGAAAACGCCACUCUGGAUGCAGCAGAGAACAUUUUGAAGAAGUGGAACCAAAGAGAGUAAAACUUUCCGUCCAUUUUGAUUUUAUAAAUCUGUUGAAAUUUGUUUGCCUCCUCAGGAAAAGUAUAUAUGUAUUCAAUAUGUUUGUUCCACAAAUUUUACAAAAAACUUAAAUGAAGUAAUAUUUGUCUGAGCUCAAAAAAUGCUUAAAGUUCAAUAAAAUGUUUAUAAACUCUUCGGUUUUUGUCUCAUCUGGAUCACAUUCAUUGCUGAAUGGUUUCCUGUCUGUCAGUAAAGUUGUUUAUAAAUAGGUUGUUCAUAUGUAUUAGUAUCCAUUAAUACAGUGUUUGCAUGAAAGAAUCUAAGCAUGUUUUAUCUUGUUUUCCCAUGCUAAGAUUUCUCCUAAAAUAAAAACCCAAAGCCCUU